CUGGAAAGAGGUGCUUUUCUGUAAGAGGGAAUUUUGGGCAAUGGCAGGGGAGAGAGCUGCAUACAUACUGGUUGUUUACCUCUUUUGUGUAGUUGUAGUGAGCCUGCCUACUCCAGUCAUCGAGGAUUACGAUGUGGACGGGGGAAGAGACCUUGACAUUUUUGACAUAAAUGAAGAGGCUGGGUUGAAUCUGGUAGAAGGAGACAUUGUACUGGAUGAGAAACAAACCAGAAAUUCCAUAAUAGGAGAACAGUAUCGAUGGCCCAGGACUAUUCCCUACUAUUUCGAAGAUGACUUGGAAAUCAAUGCCAAAGGUGUUAUCUUGAAGGCCUUCGAACAAUACCGCCUUAAGACCUGUAUUGAUUUUCAACCUUGGAGUGGAGAACAGAACUACAUCUCUGUCUUUAAAGGAAGCGGUUGUUUUUCGUCUGUUGGUAAUCGGCAUGUGGGCAAGCAGGUGCUGUCCAUUGGAACGAACUGUGACCGAAUAGCCACCAUUGAGCAUGAGUUUCUCCAUGCACUGGGUUUCUGGCAUGAGCAGUCCAGGUCUGACCGAGAUGACUACGUGCAGAUCAUGUGGGACCGGAUCUCUGAAGGUAAAGGCCACAAUUUCAACACGUACAAUGACACCACCUCGAGCUCCCUUGGGGUCCCCUAUGAUUACGGCUCCAUGAUGCACUACAGUAAGAACGCCUUCCGCAACGGCACCGAGCCCACCAUCGUGACCAAGAUCCCUGCCUUCAGUGACGUGAUCGGACAGCGCAUGGAGUUCAGUGAUAGUGACCUGCUCAAGCUGAGUCGCCUCUACAACUGCACCAAGGCACUGACGUUUCUCGACUCGUGUGACUUUGAACGUGAGAACAUCUGUGGCAUGAUCCAAGGAGCAGGAGAUACAGCAGACUGGAGAAGAGUGUCCUCUGCGGCAGGAGGGCCCACCACAGACUACUCCAACCUGGGCAAAUGUACAGGUUCUGGCUUUUUCAUGCACUUUAACACAGCCUCCGCUAAACUUGGGGACACAGCUAUGCUGGAGAGCCGGCUCCUGUACCCAAAACGAGGCUUACAGUGUUUGCAGUUCUUCUACUACAACAGCGCCGGGGCCAAGGACACGCUCAAGAUCUACGUCAGAGAAUACGACAAAGCCAAGCCCAGUGGGACUCUGCGUUUAAUCACCACAGUAGAUGGUCCACCUCAAGAUCUUUGGCAGUUACACCAUGUAAGUUUGGAUGCCAAGACCAAAUUCCGGGUGGUUUUCCAAGCCUCCAAAGAGGGUCUGGAGACAGCACCGGGCGGAAUGUCCCUGGAUGACAUCAACCUGUCUGAGACCACCUGCCCAGAGUUCGUUUGGAGGAUCAAGAACUUCAGCCACGUCAUGGACACCACGCCAGAAGAUACACCGAUCUACAGUCCAGCGUUCACGUCUAAGGAGGGCUAUAGUUUCCAGAUGAAGUUGUAUCCCGGUGGUCGAAAGGACAGUCCCGGGGAGUUGGGAGCGUACGCAAGCUUGGUGGCUCGGGAGGGGGACACGGGUCAAAAAUGGCCUUGUCCAUGGAAACAGAUCACCAUGAUGCUUAUGGACCAGAAUCCGCACAUUCAGAAGAGGAUGUCCAAUCAGCGGAGCGUCACCACGGAUCCCACCAAAACGACAUCUACGGGUCAGCUUUUCUGGGAUGACCCUCGUAAAGUGGGCACUGAAGUGACGGAGCCCGAUGGGACGAAGUACUUCAGAGGACCAAGCCUGGGGACUUCGGUGUACCUGACCCACCUCCGCGCCAAGAGUAGGGACUUCAUCAAGGGAGGAGAUGCCAUCUUUCUGCUCACUAUGGAAGAUGUGGCCCAUUUGACCCUGACCCAGCCCGUUCCACCGACAACCACGAAACCUCCACUUCCAACCAACACCACCACAACCAAUCCCACCUCCACCACACCCUUCCACUGCGACAACCUGCAGUGUCUCAACCAAGGAGUCUGUGUAGUGGAGCAAGGACGGGCUGAAUGCAGGUGUGCGGUGGGCGAUGACUGGUGGUACUACGGGCCCAGCUGUCAGUACAGAGGCACGCAGCAGGAGAAGACCAACCUGGCCCUGGCCUCGUCUCUGGGCGUGUUGGGAGCCAUGCUGGUCAUCACAGCGGUCAGUGUGGUCUGUGUCAAGAAAAAGUACAAGAAGCGCAGAGGAGAGGAUCUGGUCCUGUCCAACGUGAGGGCCAGUUAAAGGGACAUCAAAGGACGUUCAAACGGGUUAAGCUGACACGACAAGGCUGUGGAAUGAUUAUGUUCCAGUAGAUU